AUGCCCCCCAAACGGAAUAAAAGUAGUACUCCGUCAGGAGCAACUCCAACUGGGGCAGCUGCUGCCAACAAAACCUGGGAAACAGCUCUUUCUGCUGCUGUAUUUAAAGAGAAUGAGUGGAGGGCCAAUCUGUCUGUGGUGCAGGUGGAGAGAGCAGAGGACGAGCAGCUCAUCAGUCCCCUAAUUCAGGCGGUCCAACAGCCCCUGCGCAGGCUCUUCAGUGUGCUGUCCUGGGAGGACAUUCUAGAAAAGGUCAACGAACUGGGAAAUGCAAAGACAAGAAAGACCAAAGAUGUUCCCAUGUUUUUUGAGGUGACUGAAGUUGCAAAGACCGUGUUGGAUGCUGGAGAGGAAAUGAAUGUGGAUCUGAUUGCAAAAUUAAUAAAAUUCCAACUUCUGAUCAUCAAAAACAAUGACAUUGCAAGGAGGGCCACUGAGCAAAAAGCCAUAGAGGAGAACGCUCAUGUUAAAGCAGGACUGAAUUCUGCCAACAAGGAUCAGGGAGGUAAAGGAGCAGCAAAGGGGAAAAAAGCUGCUGACAUUCCAGUCCCAACCAAAGACACCAAACUCAAACGCAGAGGGGAGGAGGAAAACACAAUCAAAUAUAUAGAUGAUGAGCCUGAUGAUGGUCCACAGCACUAUAUCCUGAUAGUGGGAUUCUACGAACCCCUUCUUAUCUCAGUGCUAGACUCAAUGGGUAUCCAUGUGUCCAAUGUUAUUAAACUGGGUUCACAGAGAGAUGAACAAUCAGAGGCUCCAAAGGAAACAGAGGCAGAGGAGAAUCACCAGUCAAAUGAAGACCAGGAAGUUGAGACUCUGAAGCAAAAGAGACAGCAGGAACUAGAUGUUUUCUGGAAGCAGUUGGAUCGGAUCUUGAACAGUGAGAAUAUGGGAUCCAGACUCAGUGAUGUGGCCAGGUUGAACUACAGUGUGAAGAUCCAGCUGCUGCCCCAGGAUAAGUGUAACACUGAAGCAAUGCUGGCAUUUGGAGCUGAUAUAUUUGAAGGGGUGGCGUGUGUGAUGUAUGACAGCCUGGACUGGAGGAGACAGUACUGCCAUUAUCUCAGCAGCAUGAGGCUGAUUCAAGUGCCAGCAGCCUGCAGAUCUAGCACUCCCAUCCAGCAGUCCCGACCACAGAGCUCCACUGAGGUUGUGCAAACACCAAGAAAGAAAGCAGCGUCAGAGGAAGAUCCUGGUAUAAGACAAGAACCAGAGUCUCCUGUUCUGAGUAUAGAGGUUGAUAUGAGAUACUACUGCUACCUACUGAACAGAGUUCCUGCUGAAAUCACAUCUGUACCACUUAUAUUACAUUGCAUGCUGGAGCAGGUUUUAGCCUCAGAACAGGAAACCAAAGCAGGAUUGUGUGAUUCAGAGGAGCGCUUUAAUAGAUCAGACCAAGAUAUCAUGAGCUACAUGCUCUCAUCUGUGCUGAGUCUGCCACAGGAUGAAGAGCACAAGAAGGAAUUAAUAGAGGAUCUGGAGAUGAAGGACAGCUUGAUAAGUACUAAUCAGAAAUGCAGAAAUACUCUCCUAAUCAAUCACCAUGAUGAGAGAGCAAGGAGACUCCAACCACUUCCUGUCCUGGAUGACUUUGAUGUUGUCAAAACUGAAGCAGACAUAAUGAAAAAAAGCCAUGAGUGGACCAGCCUGAUGUCCAGACAUACAGAAAGCACCAGUGAUCGACUGACCAGAGCACAGGAACUACUGCACUUCUGCACUGAUGAGUCUACAAGCUGGUCUGAGCUCCAAAGGCUUCUCCAACUGUUUGUGUUUGAGAGCAUGCCCUUAACUACAGUUGACGAGAGUGGUUGUAUUAACAGAUCUCAAUCACACCCUCCAAACCCCACCCCAUGGGACAAACCUUUUGAAUUCGCCAAACACCUCUACUGGAGCAAACACAGGAUAGCAGGAUCAGCAAAACGCAGUGCUGAGAAUGAAGAUCAAAUGGGUAAUAAAGUGACCCUGACAGACCUCCAGGAGACACUGAUUCGCCAACUGGAAGACUAUAACUUUGCAGAAAAGCACAGUGCUGAUAUUUUUCCCCAGGUCCUCCAAUCUGCUUCCGAAACGUAUAAAUUCUUAGACACAUUUCAGUGUAGCAGAGACAAUGCUGUAUAUGUCAUCUGCCACAAUCCCAUGAGCCCACAGAGGAGCUGCAAAGAAUUCUGGGAAGUAUCACUUCAUACAGAUGUGGGCUUUAGGAAUUACUUGGAAUAUGUGGCUGACUCAAUCAGUGACUGGACCAAGAAGGAAGAGGAAAAAUGGCAGAUGGAGCAAGAAAAAAAAGUGGCAGAAAGAUCUCCAAUACAAUCCCCUUUGGAAACCGACAGGAUAAGAGACUCUCCAAUUUCAGACACAUGUGAACCAUAUAUAAGAGAGGACUCUCUCAAAGCAUGGAAAAUUGAGCAGGAAAGAUUAAGGGAGGAGGAGCAAUCCAAAAAGGCAAAGAAAGAAAAAGGAGGAAAAGCAACACCAAAAGUAGAAGAGAGAAUUGACUCAGUAAAGGAGAACAAGAAGACAAUAUCAGCACGAAAAAGCAGAGACAACAUGUCCAAAACACCUAGCUCAGCUACAAUGUCAAAAGAAAAGAGCAGAGAUUUUCAAGAGACAUCACAAGAACCAGCAAACAAUGAUGUAUUCACAGGCUACAGAUUAAAUGGGAAACUGGUGAGGAUCAUUGGCAAGGUUGAGUCUCUGUAUCCCUGUGAUGGAGCACAAAUAGAUGUGGAGAGCUUUGGCUUUACUCAAGGGUUGACACAAAUGAAAGUAUGUGUGAAGAAAGAUGGCCAUCACUUCUACACACACAUUUCAGAGAGAAAAAUGGAUGGCAAACUAAAAGAUGUUGACAUGUUCAGGAAACAAGUUGAAGCAGAUUGCGUGAGAGAGAAAAUCGGAUCUUUUUAUGCUGUUCUGGCCAAUGGCAUUCAGCUUUCCUGCAGUCUGAGUGGUCCAAAUAAAACAAGAGGACAAAUUCUACAACCUAAUUUGGCCAAUGUUUCCUGUAUAGACCAGCAAGUACAGGAACAGAUGUGUGUUUCUGAGGUACCUGAAGUACAAUGUGAGUCUGUAGAUGAUUCAUCUCAUCUACCAUUCCUCAAUCUGUAUGUAUCUCUUCCCAAUGGACUCAUCUUGCAAUUUGAUUUUGAUGAUUCAGUGGAUGGGGAAUCUUGUGUCCGAUCUUUGCUGAUACGACAGAGAUUUUAUAAUGCAGGCUCUAGUUCAGACCUCAGCACACACACUGAUGUCUCCAGAGUCUAUACCAGCAGAGGGACUGUUAUCAAACACAAGAUAGAUGGAACUACUGAGGUGCUGUUUGCAGAUGGUACAGUCAGUAGAAGUCCAGAUUCUAUACCAGUGUGUGUGUUGGUUCCACAUCUAAUCUUAAAGGAGCCAGAGCCUGUCAAAGAACUGGACAUUAAAGACACUAAAGACAAAAAAGGCAAGGCUGAUUCCAAGGUAAAUACAGAGGAAGAACAACAAAAGCCUGUAGAAAAUGAAAUACCAAACUACUAUCUCGAAGUAAGCGGAGGCUCUUGGACGACUACUAUUCCCUCCGGCCUUAGAGUUGCCUCUAAAGCAGGCAAGAAAGUGGAAGUGCCACCUAUACUGGCCUAUCAGGCUACAGACCCCUUCAGCGGGACAGUGGUGGUCACAAGAGAGGACAAUGUGCUGUCUGUGCUGAAGAAAGAUGGAUCUGUGAUUGUAGAUCAUGCAGAUGGAACGCGAAUUACCACCUUUUACCAGCAGGAAGAGAAAAGAGUGAGAGUGGAAAAGGCUGAAUUUGCUACAGUGUCGAUGGACUAUGAAGCACAAACAUGUGACAUUUUUUUCAGAGAUGGUACAUCUAUCAGCGCAACUGCCCAAGGAUUUUAUAAAAUUUGUCCUCAUGGUGGAGGUGUUCUUCAAAUUGAUAAGGAUGGUGGAGCUGUGUACUCAUCUAAAGAGUCAAAAGAGCAACCAGAAAGACACUGGACAGGCCAAUAUGUGAUGAAUCACCGAGUAGAUGUCUUAUGUCAAGUGACGGACUCAGAGGGGAAUCACUUUCAAGUUUGUGCAGAUGGUCAGACUGCUGUCACGACUAACGGAUCAGAAAAGAGAAAAGCAGAGAUGGAAACAGAGCUUCAACUGAACGCUGGCUUUAAAACACACCCACCCAGGUUGUUUGUGGUGAAUGAGGACGGUUCAGCUUCAGAGCUGCUGAGAGCGGGAGAUGUGGAAGAUCUGUUACAGAAGGCUUACUGCGACUCUUCUAUCGCCGUUCUCAUCGACCCGCUGCCAGACUCACAACAAUCAUUCGGCAUCACUCUGCUAAGGCCUUUCCCAGAUAUCAAAUCUCAGUGGCUCUCAUCCAAGCAAGAUGAUGACAUCAUUCCCACCCACCUCAAAUCCAGGAAAUGGGAGUCUUUCCCAGCCUCUGAGAAGAAAACUCCAGGCCCUGUUUUUGGGACCACCCUUGGUUGUAGUCUCCAGUUAAAAGAGAAGCCGUCAAAGCCUGAUUCAGUCCACGUCAAACCAGUUUUGGAGUGUCCUGAAGUGCUGCUGGCGCGACAGAUUACCCAGAAUCCACCCGUCACUGAACCAACACGUAGGAAACUGCAGGACAAAGUCAAGGCAUAUCUGGAGCAGUUGCUUCAGAGAGAGGCUCAGUGGGAAAAGAUGCAGCUGAAGGAUCCACGAACAGCACAGGAGAAGAGUCAUCAGAAUGAGCUGCUCCGGCUUGUACUGUCUCUGCCUGAUGCUGUAGAUCCUCCAGCUGCCAUGGAUACAAGGCCUCGGUCCGCUGAAAUGGUGUGUCGCUACAGUGAAGCAGUGAAAGCAGCUCAACAUGCCCACAAACUACAGGAAAAGCCAGAAGAGAAAGUUAACACGCGUGUCAAUAAAAAGAAGCAAAAGUCACUGUGGGAAAGCAGGAUUGACCAGCACAGGCAAGAACUCCAGGAGCAGAAAAGGCACAGAAAUGCACUCAAACACCGAAUUGUUACUCCAUAUUUUCACCCUGAGCUGAAGGAAAUGACAGAACAGGCUAGUGCAACCAUAUGAACAUUGCUCAAAGAGCUUAAAAGCAUUUUAUCUAUUUUUUUUUUUGAGCACAAAUUUCUUCACUUUUUGUUAAUCAAACCCAUGGUGUAAAAUAUAGACCAGAAAUACACUGAAUAAAAUAUGUUAGAAGAUUUAAGAUUAAAACUGAUAGAAAUUUCCAACAAAAUUAAAUAGGGCUGCACAAUAUUGCAAAAAACUGACCUUGCG